AUGUACGAUGACAGCGACGAGUCGAGCGAUGACAAUCGGCCCAGCGGACAUUCAUCAGGACGGAAGCGACUUCCAUUUGAUCCAAAACCUCACCUUGUCACUAUUGUAAAGACGAACACAGGUUUCGGAUUCAAUGUGAAAGGACAAGUUAGUGAAGGAGGACAACUCCGCAGUUUGAAUGGGCAACUUUAUGCUCCUCUGCAACAUGUCAGCGCAGUACUGGCAGAUGGCGCUGCUGAACGAGCCAAUUUGAGGAGAGGCGACAGGAUUUUGCAAGUGAAUGGUGUUAAUGUGGAGGGCGCCACUCAUCGGCAUGUAGUUGAUUUAAUUAAGCAUGGAGGAGAUCGUCUUACAAUGAUUGUCAUAUCCGUAGAAGACUCUGAAGUGGACAGGUUCGAAUGUGGCGAAGAAAGUGUAAUCUCUUAUCGGCAUGAUUAUUCGGAAAGUAGGUCCUUACCGGUCACCAUUCCAAGUUACCACACAGUAAAUGAUGGAGUGGAAAAGUUUGUGGUCUUUAACUUAUAUAUGGCUGGCAGACAUCUUGGCUCACGACGCUACAGUGAAUUUGUUGAGCUUCAUCAACUUUUGCGAAGAGAAUUUGUAGAUUUUUCAUUUCCGAAAUUGCCAGGAAAGUGGCCGUUUUCGUUGUCUGAACAGCAACUGGAUUCAAGGCGGAGGGGGCUGGAGUAUUACCUAGAACGUGUGUGUUCUGUUAAAGUGAUUGCUGAUUCCGAUAUCAUGCAGGACUUUCUUAUGGAAUGUGAUCCAUCGUGUGAGGUGGAGGUACGCGUCCUUCUUCCGGACGGUGGGAAUGUUUGCGUGUCUAUCCGUCGAAAUUCUACCACAUCGCUUCUUUUUGCUCUUCUUGCUCGCAAACUGAACAUGUCACGAGAUAUGGCCCUUUCUUGUGCAAUAUUUGAAACCAUGGAACAAUCAUUCGAGCGUAAAUUGCUGGAUGGCGAAUCUCCUCAUCAGCUGUACAUUCAAAACUAUUCGUGUGCAUCAUCCUCCUGUCUUGUUCUACGAAAAUGGAUCUUCGACCCUGAUCGAGAAAGGCAGUUAUGCCAAAAAGAUCCUAUGUUCCGUCAGUUUGUUUUUCAUCAAGCCGUAGCUGAUGUCAACGAGGUGAUUACAUCAAAACUGAAGAUGUAUCAGUUGAAAGCAGUGCAAAACGAAGGAAAUGCUGAAGAGUUCCUUGAAAUGACUCGUGGAAUGUCCGGUUAUAAUGAGAUUAUGUUUCCACCCUGUUGCUGUCCAACGAGAACAGCUAGUGAUGUAAUAAUGAUUGUGCGAUUUUCAUCCCUUCUAAUGACUGCGGAUCCACCAAUUGAAAUCAAUUGGGAAGAUAUAAUCGAAUAUCAUGUUGUGGAUGGAGGAAGAGCCUUUCAAUUUAAUUUCAAGAGAGAAGGUAAACGAGCGAAGCCAAUAAAGCUGUUUAGCAAUUACGUGAGUUUUACAUAA